UUGAUAAACAAAUAAUCAGUUUCAGAGAAAGGUCACCUCUUUAUGUAGAAAUAAAAAUCACCUGACUCUUUUGUCCAAUAAAUUAUAGUAACUUGUUCACGUGUCCAAGUUAAACCAACGGAUAACUUUCUAUUUCUUUAAGUACAAAUAUAUAUCGCCAAAGGCGCUGUUCGAUUCAUUUAUCCCGGGUGAGAUGUGUUAAAGAAUUGUAAGAUAUAUUGCAGUUUCAGAUACUAAAACACGACAAAAUUUGCUACUAUGGAGUGCUGUGGUGGUUCGAGCUGCUUUAAAGAAUGGAAAAAUGAAUGUAUUGAUCUGUUCAUUACUAAAGGUGAUAAAACGAAACAUAAAUUAGGAGGGAUAAUAUUGAGCGCACUGUUCUUUUUGCUAGCCUGUGCAAAGGUUGUAUACGGCGCUUACAAGGCAGGAACGACUGACUGCAAAGACGAACUCUUUGUUGCAAUUUACCUGACGAUACAGGGAUGCCUUGAAGCUAUUUUCUGGCCAUUCCUUGUCGAACGAAUAUACCAUGAGAAGCUACAGAAGACCAUCAGACGCUCUUGCAUUUAUAUAUAUCUAAUGCUUGAUUUUCUCUUCACCCUUGUAUGGCUCAGCUUGGGUACGUACUGGACAAUUGGUCGGUUCUCGGAAAUGAAGGAGACGUGCGUUAUGGCGAGGGAAGACUGGACCUCACAUUUCAUCACCUUCGGUGUAGUUGUAACGGCCUUUCACUGGUUAGCUAUGGCUGUGUUUAUGUUGUAUAUGUGUUUCCGAUGUUGGGAGAAGUACAGGAGAGGCGACGCCUGAACCGGAAACGACAAUAGCCUUUAACAUGCAAUGUUUCAAUAUUUUUGGCAAAUGUUAUAAAGCAUUUAUUUCUUUAUUGUAUCUUAUUUAGACGUCUGAAAAUUUGUUUCUAUCUGUCGUGCUUUUAUUAUUUAUUUCAACUUUUAAUAUCGCGUAUAUCUACGCCACAACUUAACAUGGUAUCAUCGUGUAGGGGUUCAUUAUGAUAACACCCCCUUCCACCCUAAUGAAUUAUAAUGGCACAUGGAAGAAAAGUUUGUAAUAAAUAGUAUUAGG